AUGAGCACACCAGAUAAGUCAAAUAAAGCUAAAAGAAUUGAAGGUGAUUAUCACGAACCAGAAUACAUUAGUAUAGUAGUUAGUGAUCCAACUAGAAUUGAUGAAUAUAUUACUUAUAAAAUUACAACAACUACAACAUUCCCAGAAUAUAAAGAAAGAGAAUUUAGUGUUAGAAGAAGAUAUAAAGAAUUUGUUAAUUUAAGAGAUCAUUUAAAACAAAAAUUAUCAGAGAAACCAAAAGCAAUUAAAUUUGGUGAAUUAUGUCCAUUACCAGGUAAUAAUCUUUCAUCAUUAUUUGGUCAAGGUUCGUUUUGA